AUGUACACCAGCAACAACAGUAACAACAACAGCAACAACAGCAACGGAAACACUAACCACCCACAAACGAAUGAGGGUGGUGGCACACACUCGAAAGCUCGCUCUAAAGCUUCCACCCACGGCAAGCGAAACGAGUACGAGCGCCCCGGUGGCACAUCCCUUAAUUCCUCCGUCAAUCAUCCCCACGGUGCCACCAACAGCUCUGCCCUCGGUGGUACCGUCGAUCCCACCCACUCCACCCAGGCGGCCCAGCACGGGGGUAAGCUAGCCAAGAGCCGAAAGCUCAGCUGCGAGCUUUUCGAAUCUCCCAGCUAUGGUGAAACGAAACCCAGGCACACAAAGAGCAAAUCGCAAUCCCAAAUGCUGCUCCUGACCGGUCCAACAGUCACUUCCAACACCACCAGCACCACCACCGUACCACCCACACACAUGCAGCCACGAUCGGGCUCGGGUGAUUCGCGCGAGGACUCUCCCUCCUCUUCACCCCCACCACUUCCCCCAUUGCCAGUGGGUGGCCACCCACCGGUCGGUGGAAGAGAGGACGGAGGUGGUCAAACAACACCGAACGCACACAAUGGCAAACAAACGUCGCCGGUGUCAUCUCCCUCGAUCGCCAGACGCUAUCAGGCGAAUAAUAAUGCAAAUAAAUCACACUUUCAACCCACGCACCACCACCACCACCACCAGCAGCCGGUCAGAGCGCAAGGGGUCCCACUAACGCCACCCGCGGUACAGCAGCAACAGCACCACUACGCUAAAAAACACACUCAGAAACAUCAGCAACAGUCGCCGGUGAAUAAUAGUGGCACUGGGCACGGUAGCAGCCGUGCCAGUUAG